CUACGCCUGUGGUUCAAAGUCUAGACUUACACUGACAACUUAUCAUUUCUAGUGAUCGACUGGCGAUAUCAUAGAGAUAUUUUUGCUCUAAAGCAUUAUACAUUUCUAGCAUCAAGAUGUUCGAAACGAAAAACGGAUGGAAUAUCUCAGUCGCCGGUUGUGGUUUCAUGGGUGUUUACUACGUUGGCGUGGGGAGCUGUUUACAGGAAAGAGCCAGAUAUUUACUUGAUGGUGCUACCAAGAUUUAUGGAGCCUCGUCGGGUGCCUUGUUUGGGGCUAUAAUUGUAUGUAAAAUACCAAUGGGCAAAGCCUGUGCCAUCAUGAUGGAGAUGGCCAAACAGGCUGGCAGGCGAAGACUCGGUGCUUUGCACCCUUCAUUCAACCUGCUGAAAAUGGUUCAGGACUUUCUGGACCGUGAGUUACCAGACGAUGCCCAUCUGCUCGCCAGUGGCCAACUCGGUAUAUCCUUGACUCGAGUGUCUGAUGGAAAGAACUUGCUGGUGACCCAUUUUGACUCCAAGGAAGAGCUCAUUCAGGCUCUGGUUUGCAGUUGUUUUUUCCCACCGUUUUGUGGCUGGAUGCCUCCCUCCUUCCGUGGCAGACGGUACAUUGAUGGUGCAAUCAGUGACAACAUGCCCUUUUGGAAGCUGAAGAACACCAUCACUGUUUCGCCAUUCUCUGGUGAGAGUGACAUUAGCCCACGCGAGAGUCCAUUUUACUAUCAUGAGGUUCAGUACAACAAUGUCAGCUUGUACGUGAACUUCAACAAUAUGUAUCGGGUGGCCAGUGUUUUCCUGCCCCCAGACGCUGAGGUUCUGGGACAAAUGUGUCGAGAUGGAUACAGAGAUACAUUACAAUUCCUGCAUGAGAACAACCUUUUGAAGAUGGACCUACUACCAGAGCUGUCUUUGACUGAGGUCCCUCUCACACCCAUGGCCCGGAAUGAAUUGAAGCAGCUGCUAGACUCUAAAAAUAAAGAAAUUAAUUGUAAUGUCAUAAAGCCAAACAACAGUCAUGUUGAACAUAAGCAUCACCGGCAAGAGAAAGAGACUACAAACAUACUUCCGGUUCCUAUUGAAAAAGUGAUUUCUGAGUCAUGUAAGGAGAUGGAUGGUCCAUAUGCCGCAGCAAAAGAGUAUGUUUUUGUGCGGGUGUUGGUCGAGAUCCUGAUGCUGUGCAUUCUGCCUGUGGAGUUUGCCUUUGCCUUUGUUUACAGACUGAUCGAGUGGGCCCCAGAGAUGACCUCAGAUUUGCAGUGGAUGUGCAGUCUAAUCUGGGACCUUUGUAAAAUGAUACACAGUGGAACACUUCCAAACGGAAAUGAGGUUCAACAGAAGAGCAGUCAUGUGUCUUGUCAUGAUCUACAGGCACUAUCCUCUCGAAGUCUGUCUGAAUGGGACGACUCUGAUGUACCACCUCUGUAUCCCUCCCCACUAGUAUGCCAUAGUACAUUCAAGGGAAAAAAAUGAAGAGCUUGUCACAUUAUUUGUAAAAAAUGUAGCUUGUACAUGAAUGCACUAAAAUGGUUUGUGGGCAUCAAAACAGUAUUAUGAGUAACUGUUAAAAAAGACAUUCUGGACUAAAGACAGGGGAGAGAACAGUUAUUUGUGAUGUUUAGCAUCAAUUGUGGGUCAUUAUACUGAGCACAUUCAAUUCCUACCAUAAUCUGCCAUGCACACAUCUCCCAGAUAGAUUACUACUCAGAGGCUUCUAAUGCAUUUUAACCCUUGUAAAGUGAUCAUAUUUUUGAUACACAACAGGUUCCCAGGUCUGGUGAACUCACCAUUUGACUUUAGUCAUAACAAUUUAUGUAAAAAAAAAAUACUUAACAAAUGAAUCAAUUAUCAAUGAUAGACAUAAUUUAUGGCUCAUAUUUGCAAUUAACCACAUUUAUGAUCAUAUGAUAAAUUUGUAUGUGUGUGUUUGUGAACAUUCCA